AUGGAGGACCAUCCGGCCAGUGAAUGCAAUAUGGAGGACCAUCCGGCCAGUGAAGGCAAGAUGGAGGACCAUCCGGCCAGUGAAGGCAAGAUGGAGGACUAUCCAGUCAAUGAAGGUAAGAUGGAGGACCAUCCGGCCAGUGAAGGCAAGAUGGAGGACCAUCCGGCCAGUGAAGGCAAGAUGGAGGACUAUCCAGUCAAUGAAGGUAAGAUGGAGGACCAUCCGGCCAGUGAAGGCAAGAUGGAGGACCAUCCGGCCAGUGAAGACAAGAUGGAGGACCAUCUGGCCAGUGCAAGUAAGAUAGAGGAUCAUUUGGCCAGUGAAGGCAAGAUGGAGGACCAUCCGGCCAGUGAAGGCAAGAUGGAGAACCAUCCGGCACAGUGA